UAGGUCAUCGACUGUUGUCGAACUCAACGUAAGUGAGUUGGUGCGUACCUCUUCAGUUUAGCGGACUCGGGUCACAAUCAAUGUGCACGGUUUGUUGAUUUUUGUGGUAACGCCGUGGAGACAGAGCGAGGGUAGAGUGUGGAAUAUUGAAUAGGGGGUGAGAUGGAAUUGCUGUGAUCGUAUUUUCAUCCUCGGCGAGGUGGGAGUUCGUCUCAAUGUGCAUCAAGGAUUCCAGUCCAGCAGCCUGGUUUGUGAUUCCAUGGCAAAGGACCUAUCCUGAUAUUUCGGAUCUCCUAAACCUUCUGAGCCCAUGUUCCUCCGCUCAGGCUGCGUCGUCGCCUUGAAGUAUUUAUCUGUCGCUAAUGGAGACUUGGUGGAUGUCGCCGUGGAAUUCUUAUACAAUUAUGAAGCCGUGUCUUCUUGAACUUUAAGUUGCGAAAGUACUCUUCCUCGGAGCUGAAAGGAUAGAACAGAAACACAUCUUGCGAGGGCACUUUUGCAUUUGUUGGAGGAGGCCAUGUGUGGAUGGAUGAUUUACUGGUCAUGAACACAUAGCUGGCCUUGACUAAUUCCUCGUGACACUUGGUGCAAGAAACUUAAACACUUAUCCGUUAUGGCAGUUCUGAGAGGAUCCGAAAGUUCUCGUUGGACGUAAAGGGAAGGACGAAAGGAAGAAUAGUGUUGAAUAGAAGAUUUGUAUCGGGCAAAAAUACGUCGAAGCGGUGAGCAAUUGCAGGCAGAAUGUGAAAAGGACGUUCAACCUGAAGCCAAGACAUUCCAAUGGAGGACUUGGCACAUUUCAUUCAGUCUAUGAGCGAGAAGUACGGGCUCCUGGAUGCUGCUAACGAGGAAUCCCGGGAGUUUCUAGGUCUAACUGGUAAUAAGCAAAAUCAAGAAUGUUCAAGCUCAGCCGCCAGCAACCCAAACAGUAACGAAGAUUGUCCAGCUCAAGCAAGCAGUUGGGAGUACCUGUCUAUCUUCAUCAGUGGACAAACCUUAGACAACAAAGCCAACGUCGUCUCACCAAACGUGCAUGUAAGCCCAGGACCCUUCCAUGCAGGUAAGGAAUCUCAUAUUCGUGCCUGUGCCAGGAUGAUAGAUAUCAAUGAGGAGCCCGAGCUCGAGUCUCCUCUACCUACAACUUCUCAUGUUGUCAUCAAGGAGCAUGACCGCGAUGAAGUCUUUACUGACAAAGACUCCAUAAUUGGAAUCCAGCAAAUUACACCUCAUGAAAAGGAUUUUUCCAGCAUUGUCACGAUGUCAGAUUAUCUUCAAAAGGUGUACUGCUCGAAAGAAGGUGAGAAAAAAGAUCGAUUGUUUGACACUGAAGGCUUGAUCAGUACGGGAGAGCUCGAGGACCUGACAUGUAGGUCAGGUGCAACGAGCAGCAGGGAGGAUUCUUCAAGUCCUUUAGAAGAUCAAAAAAGAAACGAUGAAUACCACUCGAGGAAUAUGAAUGAGUGUUCUCAAAAUGGAAGUACAAGUUUUGGAUCACAUCAGACUGAAGGUGAAAAUCCAGAAUCAGAUCGAGUUAAAGAUAGUCAAGGACAGUUCACGGCCGAGUGCGCGACAGGUUCAGAUAAAGAUAUGCACCACUGUUCUUGGAAUUUUGAUGUGGCUGAUGAUCAGCCGAAGUUCGAAGAUAGCCCCACACCGAAACCGAGAAGCAUAAGCAGCAAUUCCAAACCAAAUGCUUGUGCAACUGAGAAAGUACAACCUCGCAGCAGGAGGCAAAGGGGAAUUGUUUCGAGCUUCGUUGGUCUCGAUGAUGAGGCAGAUUUUGGAGAAAGUAUUGCUUUCCAUGAGUUAACUGUUUCAAGUGGGGAAUCGACCCCAAGAUCUUGUCAAAUUGAAAGUGGAGAAAGCUUAAAAUCCAAAUGGAUUUACAUUAACAAGAUACUGUGUGACUACGGCUUCUCUCCGCUGGACAAUAAUUGCACAAUUCCAUCUCCUGAAACAUUCGAUAAAAUAUUCGACACUCUUAUCGACGUAGUUCGAAACUUUGCAAGACGCGAGAAGCUAGUUCAGGAGCUUUUGGCGGAACGAGAAUUAUUACGUCAGGAGGAGCAAAGAACUGACCAGCUUACCUUAAAACUAGAGUCUGAUAUCGACACGCUGAGGAAUAAGCUAGCUGCUUCUGAACAACGCGCAGAACUAGCUACAGCGGCCUCGGAAAAGACUUUCGCUGCUCUGCGUAAAGAGCAUCAACGUCUUGAGACCUCUCAUGCCAGUAUGCUCCAACGUUGCAGUCAACUUGAGCAUGUUUGCCGCGCCAAAGAGAGAUCUCUUCGAAAGCUUCAGGAAAAGAUCCAGGAAGCAGUAAGAAGGGAACAAAGUCAACGAUCUAGGGAGAAGGAGCUAUAUGAGAAGCUCAAACACAAAGUCGCUAUAAGUCAGAAAGCGCAAGGAGAAAUAAUUGAAUCUAAUUUCCUGUUGAGAGAUUUGAAACCAGCUUGCAUUGUUGGGAUAUACGAGAGACAGAGGGCCGCAAAUGAAGCUGAAAUGAACCACUUGCGUGAAGAAAAUUCCCGCUUGUGUAAAGAGCUGCGAGAGAAAGAAAACUCGCUUUUCAGCAAGGCUAUAUCAGCGGUAGAAGCAGAUCAAGCAGAACUUGACCAGCGGGAACAAGAACUUAUACAACAGCUUACAGAGGUGCUGGAGACUUCUCAGAUCGAAAAUGAGUUGAUAAAGAAGGCACCUCACUGUCGACAGCCGGAAUAUAGAAGAAAUUCAGCCCUGUUACCUCUGGCAGUCAAUCAAACGGACGAACUGAAGAAAGAGAAACUGAACCAUGAUGUUCAUCUGAAGCCAAAUUCAGCUGAGAAUAAGUCAUCCAUGUUGGUACUGCAGAGGCUUCAGGAAAGAAAAAAUCAUCAACUUCUUCAAGAAAUCUCAAAGAAGAAAUUGGAAUAUAAUAGAACCAGCUCAAACUGCCAGACCGGCACCGCGACCGGAUGCACCAGUGUGAAUUGCCAGGAUAUGAUGCAAGAUAUUUGUUGCAAGCUUAAAAUUAGUGAUCCAGUUCGCAUAACUGAUGCCAUUGACAGCUUGCUGAAGGUAGUAGCAGCUGUUCCACGUAUGGAAACUUUCAUUGAUAAUGUAUGUGAAGUAGUCUUCAACGAAGGUUACAUGUUUCUUACUAGCGGAGAGAACCCACGAAGUGUUCAACAAACUCCGGAAGCAAUCCCCGAGAUACUCAAGUUGUGGCUUCAACAGUUACAAUCUUCUGCAGAGCUUCAGCAGUUCAAGGACUCAAUUUGUGCUCAACUUUGGGAGCGGUUUGAUGGCAAAGCUGAAAAGCAUCCAAUAAAUUCCAGGCUGGCCGCAGCAUCUGUGAAGGAUCUGAUAAAUAUUGAACGGGAAUAUCUGCUAACCCAACAAUCUUACAGGGAAGCACAAACGCUUUUGAAGGCCGAACCGCAGAAGCUUUUGCAUCGAAUUAUCGGGCAUUUUCAGAUGCUUUUUGAAAUUCCUCAACUGGAAGGAGUUAUGGCAGUCAUGAACUCCGUCUACAUUCAGAUAUCGGAAUACCACAACUUUGCUAGGGCGCUUUGUUCCAUGCUCGGUUUGCCCCAAGACUCUGGGGCCAACUCCAUCAUCUCGACAGUCACUGGUAUUCUCAACAAGGUUACAAAUCUGAGCUAGCUCUUAUAUUUGUGAUUUGUCCAGCUGUCGUAAUGCUGGAAUUUGUGCCCGUCUCUUCUCUGUGGUGCACAUAGAAAGCACAAACCCUUACGAAGUGUGAAAUCUCGCGGAGUUAAUAGCGUAUCAGAUUAGGUUGUUUCGACCACACCGUCAAAUGCAUUCUUGUACAAAUGUCAGAUUUUUAGAUUAUCAUGAGCGCUUCUACUUGUACUGCUGGUCUUUCAAACUCCAUAGAGACUAACAAAUCCAUGGUUCACUAAUGGAUAGGUUUGUUAACAAGGGCAGGUACAACGAACUGCAACUUAAUUCUAGGUCUGAAUGAGAUUUCUGACAUCACAUUGCUAUCUGAGUUCGGAGUGAAUUACUCAAAUAGUUUACCGGUGCUCUUUCAAAAAGUUGAAGCGAAGCUGGGUCUUGUUACAUUUAACAUUGGAUCAUGACCUUAGACGCUGGUGGAGUUUUAAUAUACAUGAGAAUACACGAUGAGCAGAUAUGUUCAUAGAUUUCGUUAACAUUGUUAUCAGCAAGUCUGAAUUUGGAAUUAGUAGAAUUCCUCCUUCCCCUGUUCAUCCUCAUCCUAUAGUAAAUUGUUCGAGAAUUGCAAAUCUCCAAAUUUUCCAUAAUUUUUGCCACACCAAGUAGUGAACUGAUGGCUGUUACAAGCCCCCAAAUGAUGCACUGUAAACAUUGCGUAGGAUAUGAGCUACACAUGUUCUUAAGACCUCGGUUUAUCAGCUUAUACGCAUAACAUGUGAGACCGAGUUAUCGGAGUUUCACUAGGAAUAAAUGCA